CUCGAAUUAUGUUGGGCCCAAGUGAGCCAUAUUUUAUGGGCUAGUACUGUUUGUUUGUUUAGUGGGCUGAGGCAGGCCCAUGUGUUGUGGAGGAGGAGCAUGUAGCGAGCGCGGGUACCGGUGGUUCCCCUGCGUCGUGUUGUGUGAGAUCAAACCCUAGUUUUUAGACACUGCAACAGUAGCAGCAGCAACCAUGGCGAGUAGGAGGUGCCUGCGAGCGUUAACUCAAACGAGACCGUUUCUCUUCCGAAAAGCAUCCUCUCUUCGCUCACUCGCCGUGCUUCCAUUUCCCAACUCCAACGCUUCUCCACACGCUUUCACCGCACGCGCCUCUGUUUUUGCGCAAUGCCCGCACCUCCGUUGUUUCUCUUCCGACAAAAAAGACGACCACAGCGACGAAGAAGAUGAUAGUGACGAGGAUUACGAUGAAGAAGAGGAUUAUGUUGACGAUGAUGACGUCACUGUGUCAAGAGGGAAAAAAGUAUACACGGCGGAGGAGAAGGAAGCGGAAGCGGCGGCUAUUGGGUACAGAGUGGUGGGUCCUCUUCAAAAGGAGGAAGAUAGCGUUUUUAAGCCUUACGAGCCUGUUUUCGCUGUUGUUCAGAUUGGUUCGCACCAGUUUAAAGUAAGCAACAGAGACAGCAUUUUCACUGAAAGAUUGAAGUUUUGCGAAGUGAAUGACAAGUUGAUUUUGAACAAAGUACUAUUGCUUGGCUCUGCUAGUCAGACAAUUGUUGGCAGACCCAUAGUACCAGAUGCAGCUGUUCACGCUGUUGUUGAGGAGCAUGCACUAGAUGCAAAGGUAAUUAUUUUUAAGAAAAAGAGAAGGAAGAAUUACCGAAGAACCAAAGGACAUCGUCAGGAAUUGACUAAGUUAAGGAUAACUGAUAUUCAAGGAAUUGAGAAACCUCAAAAUGUAUUGCCUGAAAAGCCUCCAAAACCUGCUAAGAAAGAAAAGGAAAAAGUUGCAGUUACUGCUUAAAAAGGAUGUACCUACCCCUUUGGGUGUUGAUGGUUAUUGCUGUCUUUUUGUCUCAGUGAGUUUUGAUAGUUGGAUGGUAUGUAGUGAGCAUGGUGAUAUUGUUGAUAAGCUCUUCAUUUUGCAUCUGCAAAUUCUAGGUAGGUGGAAAUAGUCAACCAUCCACUCAGUAGUCAGGUUUUGUAGAAUUGUUACACAAAUUUUCUUUUCCCUCUGUAGUGCUAUAAUUAGUGAUUCAAUGUUUGAACGGGUUUCGAGGUCUCAAGAAAUUUAAUAAUGACUCCUGUAAUUUUUGUUAGUAAAAAACAUGAUACUAUAUAAUACAUUUUACCAAUUUCUGACAAAAAAAAA